UACAAAUCACGCGACCCGUCAGUUUGUCUCGUCCAAGUUAAAGGGAGCUUUUUUUUCAACCCCUUAUUUUUCGAAGUUAAGCGCUCGGAUUUCAUCGGCAAAAAUCAAAGUUCCAUUCAUCCGAAAUGAAGCCUCAUCAAGUGUCCAGAUUUUUUCUUCCCUUUUUCCUUUUUUCAAUAAUUUUUAAAAUCGCUCGUGCUGAAAUUGAACAUGGGACUGUAAGCCAAUCACUUGAAGAUACACCGGAUAAAACGCCCACGAUUCUGACCAAAGAUUGUGGGAGAUCUUAUAGUGCUAAAUGUCUCAAGCUGGAUGUGGUUUCGUUUUUUGAUCGACUUUCCGAACAGGAUGAUCUUGGUCUAUUACCUGGUGUCUCGGUUGUUAAAGAUACCAGCUCAACAGAUAUUCCAGUCGCAGAAGUGAUGGCUAAUUUAGCAAGAGAUUUUCCGCAUGAUGCUGACAAACGGCUGGAUGCAUUCUUGAUUCACAAAGUAGGCAGUUACCUUAACAGCCACGCAAUUUCCAUCAAGCUCUUCGAUCCGAGAACAUUCGAAGCUGCCAGAAACUUCAAUAACGAGGCGCUAAAUCGACUGGGACUAACUGGAGAUAAAAAUAACGAAGAUGGUCGCGGCAAGAAAGACAAAGGCAUGAACGGAUUAAUGGCCGGUUUAAUGAUGAUGAAAGGGACUUUGGGUGCAGUAGGAUUUGGUGCACUUGCUCUUCUCGCUGGAAAGGCAUUGAUGACUGGUCUGAUGGCCCUGAUGCUUUCAGCAAUUAUAGGAUUAAAAUCCCUAACAAGUGGUGGAGAGAAAAAGACGACAUAUGAAAUUGUCAGCAAGCCUGUCUAUUCUUCCUCGCAUACCCACAGUUCUGAAGAACAUCAUGGCCAUGGCAUGGGUCAUUCUGGAUACGCGAGGUCUCUUGAUUUGGCACAAGAUACUGUUCAAGAAGCUGUACGCAAAUACGGAAAUGUGCGCGAUCGUAGGUCGCUUUUGUAAUAUACAAGUUAAACUAAUUUUAGGAUUUUAGGCAUAUCAAAUGACAAGAGAUCAAGGCAUGAUCUAAUCUCACAGAGAGCUUCCAUAGUUUCUUUUAUCUUUUCUUUUCUCUAACUUUGUUUUCUUUCUUCUUCCUGUGGAAUCUUUUUAUAACUUUUUUUCACAUCUUUCUUAUGUUCUUUUCUAAUUUCUUCGAAAUGCUACUUGUAAAGAUAUUCUUCUACGAGUCUAAUUUUCUUUUCUAUCAUUCCUUCAAAUUUCCCUCACAGGUAAUCGCUGUAAGAAUGCUACCGUUACAAACGUUUACUUUAGUCUAGUUCGUAAGUAUUUAUUGCGAAUUCCUUUGUACUUUGAUUGUACACUUGGAGCGUUGCUUGACAAAAGAGUAGGAUAUUUAAAACUGAUGUUAAAACUGUAAAAUUGACUAUAAAUAAACAUCUUUUUA